GGGGCCGAGUGGAGCACGUACCAAGUGCCACAGCCUGGUCCAGGGGCCUGGCCCUUCCCCCCAAGGCUGGAAGCACCCUGCCGCCGGCACCGAGGAGAAAGGCCCCGGGCGUUGGGGGUGUUAGCGAUCUCCGCAAAGGCCGGGCGUGGGGCACUGAACCACGGGAGCUGCCUGGCGUAGACCAAGGGGCCAGCUGGUCCCCCUCGCCCAGGGCCCUGGGGAGUCAGUGCGGCUCCCCCAGGAAGCGGACAUGUGACCGUGACGCGCACGGGGAUGCUGCUGCUGGGGAAGGCUGGCCCCACUGACACGCCCCCUCUGCCUCGCCCCUCCCCAGGGUAUGGCAGGCUCCGGAGAUGCUGCUAGACAUCGAGAAUGCGACGCCCGCUUCGGGAUACCUGCUGCUCUGCUUCUCCGCAGGCUACUUCAUCCAUGAUGCCCUCGACAUCAUUGUGAGUCACCAGUCCCGGGCGUCCUGGGAGUACCUGGUUCACCACGGCAUGGCCAUCUCAGCCUUCUUCUCGGGGAUCUUCCUGGGCCGCUUCAUGGCCGCGGGGAUGCUGUCGCUCUUCGUGGAGGUGAGCAACAUCUUCCUGACCAUCCGCAUGCUGCUGCGGCUGAGCAACACGCCGGCCCCCGCGCUCUACACCCUCAACAAGUACAUCAACCUGGGCAUGUACCUGCUCUUCCGCCUGGCGCCCCAGGCCUACCUCACCUGGUACUUUGUGCGCUACGUGGAGGUGCGGGGCCAGGGAGCCUUCCUCAUCGUCAACCUCUUCCUGCUGGACGCCAUGAUCCUCACCUACUUCUCCCGCCUGCUGCGCUCCGACUUCUGCCCAGGCCGCCGGCGCAGCAGCAAGGACCCGGCCGACAGGAAGGCAAAGCAGCAACACCGAGUGGUAGCAAUUCCUUCUUAUGCACUGAUUGCACGAACUGGAUUCCCCUAUGGCUCCCAUCCCUAA